AUUUAUGGGACACCUCAACAAUAACCUUUUAGUGCAUGAGCAAAAAUAGGAAAUUGUUGAAUAUUUUUUCUCAUUGCAUUUUUGGUGAAAAUUGUGGAAAAUUGUAAAUUAAAAUGAGUGAAGGGGUGCGUCAUUUGUGUGAGACGGUGGACUGCAAGAAGGAGGCUCGUCUGCAGUGCCCAACUUGCCUGAAACUUGGUAUUGUUGGUUCAUUCUUUUGCGAUCAGGCAUGCUUCAAGAAGAGCUGGAAAUCUCACAAGAUUAUCCACUCCCUGGCCAAGGGGGAGAAUCCCUUGAAUCCUUCUGCCAAUGGUGUGUACAAUCCCUGGCCAAAUUUUACGUACACCGGAAAACUUCGUCCGGCAAAGCAGACUCCCACACGCGAAGUACCUGCUCACAUACCGCGUCCCGACUAUGCGGAUCAUCCACAGGGUAGGAGUCUGUCUGAGGAGGGAUUCCGCGGCAAUACAACGAUUAAGGUGCUGGAUGAUGAGGAGAUUGAGGCAAUGAGGGUGUCAUGUCGCCUUGGACGUCUCUGCUUGGAUGCAGCAGCAGCUGCAAUUGACGUUGGUGUGACCACGGAUGAAAUUGAUCGUAUUGUCCAUGAGACAGCUAUUGAGAAUGAUUGCUACCCCAGCCCUCUGAACUACUACAACUUCCCCAAAUCGUGCUGCACAUCGGUCAAUGAGGUGAUUUGCCAUGGAAUCCCAGAUAUGCGCGCCCUGGAGGAUGGUGAUAUCUGCAAUGUGGACGUCACGGUGUACCAUCGUGGCUUUCACGGUGACCUCAAUGAGACCUUCUUCGUGGGGGAUGUCUCGGAGAAGCACAAAAAUCUCGUAAAGGUCACAUACGAGUCCCUGUGCAAGGCAAUUGAGAUUGUCAAGCCAGGUGAGAAGUAUCGGGAAAUUGGCAAUGUGAUCCAGAAGUACGUCCAAUCGCAUGGAUAUAGCGUUGUGAAGAGCUACUGCGGGCAUGGCAUUCAUCGCCUCUUUCACACUGCACCAAAUGUGCCUCACUAUGCCAAAAAUAGCGCCGUGGGGAUGAUGAAGGCCGGCAAUUGCUUCACCAUCGAACCAAUGAUUUCCGAGGGCACCUGGCGCGAUGAGCAGUGGCCAGAUAAUUGGACUGCCGUGACACGGGAUGGCCUGUGGUCAGCCCAAUUUGAGCAGACGCUCCUCGUGACGGAGGAUGGCUGUGAAAUUCUUACACAACGUCCCAGCGGUAGACCCCAUUUUAUGGAUAAAAUGUAAAAAGGUUUUUUUUCUUUUGUAUAGCUCUCAUAACUUUAUUUUCUCUCACAAAUUAUUUCACAUCUCUCAUGGCCCUUUAGCCAUGGAGCAUAUAGAGAAUCGGACAGUUUUCGGGAAUGUUUUCAUAACGAUUGAGUUUUUUUUGUAAAUCCGCGAAACCACCGCGUGUGUGGAUAAAACAAAGGUAUAUAGAGGAUUUUUUGUGAUCGUUUUGUUGAUGUUCUUUUUUCUUUACCACGAAGAAAACACCACGGUCUUACAAUAAAUAACAAAAAAAUAUUUAA